AUACUUGCUUAAACCGCAUCACAGAAAUGGCCCUAGUAGUGGAAGACAAGCGUGCAGGUGCUGUGAUCGUGCAUGGAGCUCAAGAGUGCUACCAACAAUCCAUUGAUCUCUUGCAAGAGAUGGGGUUUCCUAAAGGUGUUUUUCCCCUGAAAGACCUAGUGGAGUGUGGAAGGGUGAAGGAAACUGGGUUUGUGUGGAUGAAGCAGAAGGCGCCGUACGAGCAUUACUUUGUUGGGUCGAACACGAGAGCGAGCUAUGAAACUGAGGUGACUGCGUAUGUGGAGAAGGGGAGGAUGAAGAAGAUGACUGGGAUCAAGAGCAAGCUGGUGUUUCUUUGGGUGCCUAUUACUGAGAUGAUCAUGGAGGAGCCAUCAACCAAGAAGAUCACUUUCAAGACUCCGAUGGGGAUCGGGAGGUCUUUUCCGGUCACGGCUUUCAUGACCGAGGAGGAGAAGCAGAAGUAUAUGGAGAAUGGUAACGAAGAGUAAAGUUGGGGGAUCGAUGUCUAGUAUUGUAUUGUGGUAAAACUUGGGUUAAUUCCGACUUCGAGUUUUCAUGAUUGAUGAUUCUGUCUAACAAAUUUCAAUCGGCGGUCUAUGCAGACAUAUUAUGUUAGAUUUUCAUACUUUAUGAAUUUAUGAUCCUAAGA